AUGUUUCUACAGCGGUGCCCCCUUAGCCCUGGCAGCUGCUCGGUAAGCGCGCCUCGGGAACUUUCUUCGCAAGCGGGAAGCGCGCGCUGCAAAGGCCGCGCGCUCCUGCUCGGAUCUGGAGCCUCCAAGGGCGACCAUGCGCCCGCGAUGCUGCCCCGUCAGAGCAGCGGCAACGCGACUGGCCAGGGGGCGUCGGACGCGAGAGAAGACUCAGCGCAUGCCAUGUUUGACUUGCGGGGUGGCAGAAGUGGCGUCGAGGGCGACGGACAUGUGCCGUUGGGCCGCCAGCUCUCUCUCAAACACCUCGUGACUUGA